AUGGCUAUUCAAGCUCAUCACCUUCCUUCUACUGUCUUCUUCCUCAACGGACAAGAAGGGAAUGAUUUUUCGCCGGAGAUGCAAAAAUCGAUCAACGCCGAGGUUGGUACAAGAAAGCGAGCGAGAGAAGUUUCAUCGGUGAUUGAUUUAGAAAUCACGGCGGUUCCGAUGAACCCUCCGCCGUCAACUCCGCCGCAGUUUAUCGGACGUCGACAACAAACUCCGAAUGUAGUAUCCACCGGUCUUCGUUUGUCUCGUGAACAGUCUCUGAAUCGAGAACUACGGUUAUCGUCUUUUCCGAUGUUAACCGGAGAUCUCGCCGGAGAAAUCAACCGUCAAUCAGAUGAAUUAGAUAGAUUCCUUCAAUCCCAGGGAGAGCAGAUGAGGCGCAUGUUAGCUGAGAACAGCGAGAGACACUAUCGUGAGCUUCUGAGAACAACAGAGGAAUCGGUAAGGAGGAGACUAAAAGAGAAAGAAGCAGAGAUCGAGAAAGCCACGCGUCGUCACGCGGAGCUUGAAGCACGUGCGUCGCAGAUCGAGGCAGAGUCACGUGCUUGGCAAGUGAGAGCGUCGGCGAGAGAAGCCGAAGCGACGUCGUUACAAGCUCAACUGCAGCAAGCCGUCGGAUUUAAAUCGGUGGAACCAAAAUCGGAAAACGUAGACGGUGUCGAUGAAGCCGAAGACGCCGAAUCAGCUUACGUGGAUCCUGAUCGGAUCGAAUUGAUCGGACCGGGUUGUAGAAUUUGCCGGCGAAGAUCGGCGACGGUGCUGGCUUUGCCGUGUCGGCAUUUGGUUCUGUGUAAAGGAUGCGACGGUUCUGUGCGAGUUUGUCCGCUUUGUCUUAGCUCGAAGAAUUCAAGCGUUGAGGUUUACUUUUCUUAA